UCCACAUACAUCCACGGAACUCAAACUUUAACAUAAAGAAGCAACAUGUAUCUUCGCUGGAAAGGACAGAUGAUUCUGCAACGUCUCUUCACUGAUUCAAGUUUGAUGAUUGUGUUGAAUAAAGCAAGAUGUUUGACAACACAACAACAGAGAGUUUGCAGAGUUAUGCUUACAACCCCAAAACAACAAAAGCUUGCACCAGUUUGUGGAUUCCCAAGUGGCAUUUCAGAAUAUUUAUUUGUGGAUGAUGGUGUCAUAUCAAGACGGAGGAUAGUCACUCCAAUCAGAUGUUAUUCAAAAGGAAUCAUGGGGGAUGCAACUCUAACUGACACUUCGUCUAUGUAUUCAUCAGCUGGAGGAAAUGAACUUGCAACUCAAGAUGAGCCGGGUCCCAAAAAGCCGCUUGACUUUAUUGACAGUUUGCAUGCACAGCUUCGGCAUUCUGAUGUCAAUGCAACUUUGAAUCUUGUCACACAGUUUGAUAGUCAGAUGGUUACAGAACAUGUCUUUCACUCCAUUGUGAAAAUCUACUAUCAUUUGCGUAACCUGCCCAGUGUAGAUCGCGAUGAUGCCAUCACAGAUUUAAAAUGUGACGAGCGGUUUCAGCUUCUCUGUGUCAUGGCUGCAAAGAAGGGACGAUUCAAUACACCGCGGCAAGUGCUGAGAACAAUCAACACGUUGGCCUUGAUGAAGUAUAAGAGUGAUAACAAAAUCAUGCAGGUCUUCUUAGAAUUGGCAAAACACCAUGUGAAUUUUUACCACUGUGCGGAGAUUGUCCAUCUUGGAUUCUUGUUGUCCAAAUUUGAAGAAACUGAACAGGUGUGCAUUUUGAAGCAGCAGCUGACUUUGGCGCUGAAACUCGUGCUUUAUAAGGAGAUACAGUUUCUGAGUUCCACACAACUUUGCAACCUCUUGACCGCGUUCGGUGAGAGUUUAGGUGAAGAUCAGAUGCUGCGAGUCUUGGGUGCUUUGCUGAUACAGAAGGAUAGCAGCAAAUUCAAAUCAUAUGAAACUCUGUUAAAGUUAUUGGCCAAACUGAGACAACGAGAUAUAAUGUUGAUAAGAGUGUGUUUGAAUAAGAUCCGACACCUGGUGAAAGUUGACAAGUUCAGUGACGAGAGUUUGUUAAUUGUCUUGAACAGUUUAGUGGACCUUCAUUACUAUUGCCAGCUGACCUUCACAGAUCUUGCUCAUCAUAUCUCCAAUAAAGAACUCGGUGCUGCAGAAAUCUGUGCCUACCUAAAUGCAUUCUUGGCAUGCCGCAAUUGCCCCAAAAACAUUAUGGAAAAGUUUAUCUGUGGAUUGGAAAAUGAGUUUGAGAGCUUGGAGAUUGCCAAUAUUGGGGAAUUAAACUGGUUUUUGCGGCCCCUUGUAUUGUCAAAUUGGAAGGAUGGACGUCUUGGACAUGUUUUGACAACAAUGAAGAAAAGGGCAGAUGAAUUGGUUGAAAGGAUAGACUCCAGUAUCCAGAAAGGUUCCCUUGCUGGCUACUCGGAGCUGCUUGUGAACUUGCUUGUGGUUGGGUAUCGAGUGGAGGAUCUGCCCAUCAGAAGUGAUCUACUGGACAAGUCCAUUCAGCAAGUACACAGGAUAACUGACAUUACAAAACGCAUUAAGGUCCUCCAUGACGUUGGUUUGGUGUGCCUCGCCCACAAGACGGCGACAGGAAUAGAUCUCGCCUGUACGUCUUGUCUCAAAGAUACCUUAGAUACCGUGAUUGAUAAGAAGAACACUCUGGUACAGCCCAUAUUGUCUCGCAUCCUUGGCGGUGAUAUGUUCACAGUCGAAAAAGUGUUUGAGUCCGGGAUACUACUAGCUCAUGUUUUUGUACUCGACAAAGACAAAGGUUCCAUGACAGUGACUGAACUCGUGGAAAAUGUUGAACACCGAGAGAAGUCGGCCAUCUUGAAAUCUUCGACCGGGUCACAGCAAAGAUAUGCCAUCUGUAUCUUGAGGACCAAGCAUGUUCUGAAGAAUCUUCGGUGUCUGACUGGGCCAAUUCAACUUCAACUUGAUCUCAUGAAACAGCUAGGAUAUUACACUGUCGUGAUUGUGCCCCACGUCUGGAAUGCUGUGCCUGAACGUGAACGUCUGGAUCUGCUGCAGUUCAAACUAGAAGUGGCCAAGGAAGAUGGUGUGGCUUGCAUUAUCUGAACAUUAAACACUAUUCUGAUAAUUCAGGCGUGGAUGACUUUUCUGCUAGUCAGAGAAAACAUCACGAAUACAGCGGAAAAUGGACAGUUCAUGUAUUUCUUUGUACCCUCACUAUGCUGAGGUGAUUGCUAAGUCACAAGUGUGGAGACAGAAGGUGUAAAUAAAGUAAACUUCUGAUAUCAA